AUGGAGACAGCGACACAUAUUAACGACCUCCUCGACGACAUCCUCGCUAAGAUACUAUGGCAUUGCGAGGAGUCAACCCCUUGGAAACCCGAGAGUGACGCGUUAUGGUCUCGGCAUUCAUUGUCGCCAAAACCACGGUACCUUCGCUCGAUCGUUCUAGACAAAGAUCCCAGUCCUGAGGAGGAAGACUCGUAUCCAGUAUCGUACCCCUCCGCCAUUCCAACCGCUGCCAAGAUCUUCCUCGUGUCGUCGGUGUGCCGUCGUUGGCGUGAUGUAGCUCAGCGUAACAUCUCCACGCUGCUCGUCGAAAGAAAACAAGCCAUUUCCCUCCAACAACUCUCGAAUGUCGUCGCGUGCUUCCCGAACCUCACCCAUCUCCAUCUGUGCGACGACAGCGUGGAAACCCUAGACGACUCCUUCCUCGCUCACCUCGCAUCAUCCUGUCCUCAGCUCAAGAUUCUCCACGUGGGACGCGGGAUCACUCACCAUCCAGACUACGUCGGACCGAAGCAUAAGCACCCGAUCACCGAGGCUGGUCUGGAUCGCUUCUUCCAGCGAAGCGCUCAGCUGGAGCAGCUUUCACUGCUUUGCCUCCAUCGGGACGUCCACCUACCCGCUUCCUUCUUCCACCUCACGCGUCUUCACACCCUGGCUUUAACAGCCGCUUCCGCCUUAGAAGCUCCAGAUCUGGAGACCCUCGCUUCUCUCACCACUCUUCAUAUCGCCUCCCCGGAGUUGAACGAGGAGCAACUGGCCAACGUACGUCGUCUUCCCAGCAUCACCAGCGUUUCACUCUCUGCCGGGCCCACGUUUGAUGUCGAAUUGCUGUCGGAUUGGCCAUUGUCCAGUCUGGAAUGGCUGCAGAUAUCAGACUGUAGAGAAUUGGAGCAAUUUCCGGACAGCAUUGCGGAGUUGCUGCCGCGUCUGCGUGAGCUGACCGUUUCCAGGUGCGAGGCCUUGGAGGAGCUGCCGGAGGGUGUCUGUUCCCUGGAGCACCUGGAGACCUUAUCAAUCAUCAAUUGCGAGCACUUCAGCUGCCUGCCUGAAAACAUUGGGAGUUUGACUGCCCUGAAAACCCUGGUUCUGGGUACUCUGCUGCUGGCAUUCCUCCCUGACUCCGUGUGCCAGCUCAGCUCGCUGGAGACCUUCUUCGUGCUCUCGUGCGACUCAAUCUGCGAGCUGCCAGCAGACUUCUGCUGCCUCACGGCUCUCACGACUCUCUGCCUGGGGCACGUGGCACUUCCAGCGGACAUAGGACGCCUGAGAAACCUCCACACGCUGCUUCUGAGAGACAGCUACCAAUCUCGGCAUCUCCCAUCCACGUGGCUCUCUCUCUCGCUGACUCCCCAUCUGAAUUUGGCAGGCGUUGCAGAGGAGCUUCCAUUCCCCUUGACGUUCCUCUCCCGGCUGCGCACCCUGAUUAUUGACAGCGCGUGGAGUCUCCAAAGGCUGCCGGCUGACAUCGGGUCAGCACUGCCGCAGCUGCGGAAGCUGAAGCUGGUAAAUGCGCACGAGUUGAGGGAGCUGCCAGCGAGUGUGGCAGAACUUGAGAACCUCACGGUCUUGGUUUGCUACGCGCGCAAACUGGCUUCUCUGCCGCAUGCCAUCGGCGCUUUAUCCAGGCUGCGGGAGCUGCACCUGAUUGGCUGCGAGCAGCUUGAGCAGCUGCCUGCCUCUCUCACCCAGCUUGCCUGCCUGAACAAGCUGUCGAUUCUUAACAGCCCCAUCCGUUCCCUAUGUUCCAACGCUGCACAGUUCACGCGGCUCAGAUCCCUCGAUCUGUCAGGCUGUGCGCAGCUGGAGGCAUUGCCGGGGGAUUUGAGUGAGCUGAAGGCACUGCAGGAGCUGAAAUUGUUCAGGUGUGGGCUUGUGAAGGACACUGAUGGGUCUGUGCUCCCCAGGAGCAUCAAUGAACUGUACGGGCUGAAAAUAUACAUUUCGGCGGGAGGGAAGCUGUACGCAAAAGUAGGCAAGACUCAAAUGCUGGCAUGGGCGCAGGACGAGGGGUUGAAUGGCAAGGUGGGGAAUGAGGGCAUUGAGAGAGUGUGGCCUGAGGGCGUGAAUGGAGAGAGGUGA